UCCAGAAUACACAGUAUCCCACGUGAACACCGUCCCGGCCCUUCGUGUUGUCAAGAUGGGGGGUGCGAAAGUUUUCUUCGUACUGUGCGUUCUCGGAUACACUGGAAUAGCCAGGGCGUUUGUUGGAGUUAUUGCCCCUGGAAAGAUUCGCCUUGGAACGAAUCAGACCAUAUUUAUUCUUGGACUCGGUCUGAAUGAUAACGAACUGGAAUAUAGGGUGAAACUGAAUCCCGGAAGCGCUACACAUACGUUCUACAGCCGCACACACAGAAUUCAGAAUGGCGUCUUAACGCCAAUCCACAUCAUGGUCGAUACUAGCCACAUCGUCCCCGCGACGUCAAAUGAGGUAACUCUCAUUGUCAGGUCCACGCGACGAGGAGGAUUUGACAGAGAAGUUGAAAUCGAGAUUGACAGAAGUCCUGGCUAUUUGUUCGUUCAGGUGGAUAAACCCAUCUACACCUCCAGACAAAAAGUAAAGUACCGAGUGAUGGCAGUGGACGAGGACCUGAGAUGGGCGCCUUGGCAGGUUCAAGUCAGUCUUCAGAAUCCCCGAGGUCACCUGAUAGACAGAGUGAUGACCAAUCCCUUUGAAGCUUUCACUGGUUCGGAAUUCCCCUUGUCCAAAAACCCAAUGAAGGAAUGUGGAAAAUAAGGGCUUCUUACACAAAUUUUUCUACUGUAUCUGAAGCUACGUUUGAAGUGAAAGAUUAUGUUUUGCCUCGGUUCGGAGUUCGAGUGAAGUCGAACCAGACAAGCAUGGUUUGGGACAACACCACGCCUCUCCUGUUGUCUAUAAAAGCAGAAUACAUGUAUGGCAAACCCGCUCGUGGACGAGUGUCAAUGUCACUUGUGGCCCGACUGCUUAAUUUGGAGCUUGUUAUUAAAAAUAAUCUUCAGCAUCAGCUGAAUGCAUCUGGACAGGCCGACGUCAGCAUUGAUGACAAUGACAUGAAAGAUACAUUGAGUAGUCUAACAAAUGAACUAUUCACCAUCUACGUAAAGAUCAACGUGACGGAAGAAGGUACCAACAACGUCGUGCGGGAGGAGUAUUUAGUAGCCACCAUGGCACCGUACCCUUACAAGCUUACUGUCGUUAACGAAAGGAAAUACUACCAACCCGGCCUUCCAUACACGUUUGAGGUGGAAGUUACAAACAUCGAUGGUAGCAUUGCCAAAAACGUGCCGGUAGUCGUCGUUAAGACGCCAGGGGAAGAGACGACAACGUUGACGUCAGAUAACAGAGGCAGAGCGAGUCGCACCUACAUCGCCCCCGAGAGCGGCGACAUGGUCUUUCGGUACCAACCGGAAGGUCACCCCUUGGAUGAACGAACACUGAGGGUCAAACCCGUGAGGUCAUCAAACAGCCAACAUAUUGUCAUUGAAGUAGCAGAAAAACCGCCGGUUAAUCGCGACUUGCCUGUCCAUGUAAGGUAUCAAGGAUCUCCCGGCCUCUAUUUCAUCAUGGUGUCUUCUCGUGGUCAGGUGGUAUUCAGAGAAAGUUAUACUUCCGGUACGAACGGCCAUGACAUUAGAACAAUCCCGAGACGGUUUCUGAAAGACAUGGUACCAAGUGCCCGGAUCAUUGUGUUUUAUGUUGCAUCCGAUCACGUGGUGGCUGACUCCAAGCACCUUCUUAUGAAGACUUCUUGUAGAGAGGAACUAAGGAUUCGCAUAGUUGGGAACAAAGAUUCCUACAUACCCAAAGAAACUGGUCAGAUAAACUUGUCUGGCGGGGCGAACAUGCGCAUUGGACUGGUGGCAGUGGACAAAGCCGUCUACGCGCUAAAAUUUGAGAAAUCCUUGACAAGAAAAAAGAUGUUUGAUGAUCUUGACCGUCAUGACUUCGGAUCUGGAUCCGGAUCCGCAGUGAAUAGUUUUAAGAUUUUUGAGGCUGCAGGGUUCAAGCUGAUGUAUGGGGAACGCACAGGGACGUAUGUGCCUCUGUUAGAGCACAGCCUUUCCGUUGCAAGAGUUGGAUCAGGACUCUCAACGGAUGCUGCUGACAGUGCUUUGAUGGAAGAUCCCAUUCUGAGGUCCUUCUUUCCGGAGUCCUGGCUCUUUGAAGAAGAUACUCUGGAUGCCAAUGGUAAUUUAGUCCGCGAUGUGAAAUACCCCGACUCCAUCACAACCUGGAUCAUGCAAGCAGUGGGCGUGUCUCAAGAACAGGGGAUUUGCAUCUCGAACGCCGCACGAGUCAUAGUUUCACAGAACUUCUUUCUUGAUAUUCACCUUCCCUUCAAGGCCGUGAAGCUUGAGGAGGUCAGGGUUAAUGUGACGGUUUCAAGUUACAUCGGCUACGAUACAAUGGUAACAUUAUCAGCAACUGCUGACGGGCUUUGUAUGCUGGACUCUGAAGGGGAUGAACUCACAAUUCCAUCUUUCCAAGUGCCAAAUGGACAAAAGAGAACCAAAUCAUUCUCCGUACUCCCGGUGCGGCCAGGGACAUAUGCCAUCCGAGUAGAGGCUAUCACUGCCAGCAGAGUUGACAGAGACGUAGUUGAGCGACAUCUGGUGGUGGUUAGUGAAGGCGAACCAAAUAAGAAAACAAUAACCUUCAACCUUGACCCCAACGGUAAACCCAGGAGGGAUGUCACACUAACACACCAUCACGCUACCGCCUCCAAACCGAUCAAUUUCCAUGACACAAUUGUCAGCAUGACGUUCGCCACGUCGAUGGUAAACUCGCACACAGCCAUCAGCUCUGUGAAGCGAAAAUCGGGACUCAUCCGUGAAGAGGACAUGAUUCAACUGACGCUUCCACUGACGCUGAGUCCAUCUCACAUGCUGUCUUGCCCACUGUAG